AUGUCAAAAGGGCCCUUAUCAGGGCCACUUUCCAAAGCUUUCAAGACGAUCUCAAUCAAUAUUGAGGGAAUAUCAGACAGUAAAGAAGAACUCCUAGCAGAGUUGUGUAAGUCUACAGCAUGUGACGUACUAUGUAUUCAGGAGACGCAUAGGGCUGUUCAAGACAAAAGACCAACCAUUUCUGGCAUGCAAUCCGUAAUCGAAAGACCCCAUGGCAAAUAUGGCAGCGCUAUUUUCGUUAGACCAGACCUGAACAUAAUAUCUGCUAAUUUAACAGAAGAAACGGACAUAGAGAUCCUUACUAUUGAAAUACAGAACUGCACCAUUACCUCGAUAUAUAAACCCCCUACAAUACCUUUUGCCUUCAAUGAUCCUGGAAACUUCAAUAACCAAAGAACACAAAUAGUAGUUGGUGACUUCAAUAGUCAUAGUACUACAUGGGGAUACAAAGAAAACGAUGAAAACGGGGACCUCGUCGAAUCAUGGGCAGAAGCAUGGCUACUCACACUGAUCCAUGACCCCAAACUCCCUCCCUCAUUUAAUAGCGGACGAUGGAAGAGGGGUUACAACCCGGACCUAAUAUUUGUUAGUAACGCUCUAAAACAACAGGCAAUCAAACAAGUUGAAAGACACAUACCACGGUCACAACAUAGACCUAUAUCAUGCGAAAUAACCCAUAAAAUCAGAGCUAACACAACUCCAUUCCGAAGAAGAUUUAACUUCCAAAAGGCUAACUGGGGAUGUAGAACAAGAUACAUACCAGGCUUAACCUCUGAACUAUCAGAACAGUUCCAAACGUACUCAGAUCGAUACGAAAACGAUCCUUUCAAUCUAGAUACAAUCAAAGAAGGCGAACGCUUAUUAGAAAAUAUAACAGAGAAAAAGAAUCAUAGAUACACAUCAGAUGGAAAACAAUGUGAGGGGGAAUCAAUACUGAGAGACUAUUUUUCACCACUAGAACUCCAAACCGCCAUUGAUGAGCUGAAAAAUAGGAAAGCAGCGGGAGUAGACGAUAUUUGUACAGAACAAAUAAAGAACUUGGGGCCGAUUGCCAAAAAGUGGCUCCUAGACCUUUUCAACAAUAUCAAAAACACAGAACAAAUUCCCAAAAUCUGGAGGAAAUCAAAAAUCAUAGCACUUCUAAAACCAGAUGAUAAACUCAUUAAAGAGCAAGGCGGUUUCAGACCAGGGAGGUCCUGUACUGGACAAAUAUUGGGACUCACUCAACAUAUAGAGAACGGCUAUGAGAAAAAAAAAAUAACUGGAGUAGUAUUUAUAGACCUGACGGCGGCAUACGACACAGUGAACCAUAACCUUCUGAUCUCUAAGAUCAAGGAUCUAACUAAAGAUAAUACACUUGCCAGGACAAUAAACACCCUCCUCCGUAACAGACGAUACUGUGUGGAACUUGAAGGAAAGGUUAGUAAAUGGAGAAUUCAGAAAAAUGGCCUCCCACAAGGUAGUGUAUUGGCACCCACACUUUUUAACAUAUACACUAAUGACCAGCCGAUACUUACCCAGGCCGGUGUCAAACAUUUCAUAUAUGCUGAUGAUACAGCCCUAGCCGCCCAAGGUGACACUUUCCAAGAUGUUGAAAGUACACUAGAAGAAUCACUCAGGGUAUUGUUUGAUUACUACGAUGAAAACUUCCUUAAACCGAACCCAUCUAAAACAUAA